AUGCUCCAGGAAGUUAAAAGCGUCUACAUUGGUCCAGAUUUUCCCUCUAUAUAUUAUUCUUCAUUUACAUAUUAUCACAAUCCAAGAGAUUCCUGUGGUGUAUCUAUUUGCCUCAACAAAAGCACUUUCAAAGAUAUUGAAGAAAUCAUCUUAGAUCCGAUCAUUAAGAAUAACGCGCGAAUUAUUGGCGUGAAAUGUAAAAUCAAUUCAAUUAAUACUCUAGUAAUUUCUGCGUACUUUCCAAAUCAACCAGCUGACAGAUGUGAAUUCACAUAUAUUCUUGACAACCUAAUUGAAAAAUAUCCUAACUACAAAAUCAUUAUUGGAGGUGAUUACAAUGCGAUUUUAUCCGAGAAUCACUCCUCAAACGAAUCUAGAAGAACUGAUCAAAACAUACUAGAUCUUAUUAACAAGAGAAAUCUUAAUUACUAUCCUUUCCCUCAUUUAUCAUGGCACCUUCAUUAUACUAUUAACAAACAAUCCAAGUCUAUAAUAGAUUACAUAUCCACAGAUUUUCCAAUUGCAUCUGGAGAAGUACUGAAUGCCAACUUCAUAUCAGAUCACAAAAUGGUUAAAAUUCUACUUGACCUCUCAUGUCAACGAACACCUUUGUUAAUUCGGAAGAAGCGUAACUUUCAAGAUCCCAAAAAUAAGAAAGAAGUGCUGGCCAUUAGCAAAGAAUGUGUAUCUCAAGUUAAGAAUUUAGAAUCUGAUAACGACAAAUGGCUUUUCAUUUGUGAUAAACUAGGCGACAAAUUUGUGGAGGUCAAUCCACCUAAACUUGAUCCUAAAAUCUACAAAUAUAAUAAGCAAUAUAAGAAGCUCAUGUUAAUACUUGAUAGAAAUGAGCACGGAUAUCCUUGUGACAAACUUUUGACCACUAUUGGUAAAACUUUAGAACAGGUUCCAAAAUGUCUUGCAAGUGUCAAAGAGAAAAUCAAGAACCAUAUCAAAUGGAGCCAUGAUAAGGCUUUGAACAGAAAGAUGAAAUGGUGGGAACAAAACUAUGCAACCAACUCUAAACAUCUGAGAAAGAAAAUUUACAAAACGUCAUCACCACCAUACAAAUUAUCUAUCGAAGGAACUGAAAUUAGUGACCCCAAUGAAGUUGCCAAUGUGAUCAAGGACAAAUAUCAACAAAACCUCAACUUUAGAGGAAGAAAUCAUCAAAUUGACAUUACCAAGUUUUUCAAGUACAAACAUCCAUUAAUUGAUAAUUGCAAUGACAAAAUACUCGGUAGAAUUACCACGGAAGAGAAAGAAUGGAUAAUUCAGAAUUUGAAAUCCACAGCACCCAAUGAACUAGGUUUAAGACAAAAAACUAUCAAAUACAUGUGUAAGGAAUUACAGGAGGAAAUUUUUCAAAUUAUUGAAAAUAUCAUUACAACUGGAUUUACUCCUGAAUCUAUGCAAAGUGUCAGCAUUCUCCCAAUUCACAAAAAGAAUAAGGACCACUCAAACCCUGCUAACUAUAGACCUAUUGCCCUUAUGGACUCAGGACUUAAAAUAGCUACUAAAUUAAUCACCAAAAGAUUGAAGGAAGUGUUAAAGGGAAGAUUAUCAUUAGCUCAAUUUGGUGCUUAUGACUCAUUACCGAGAAUUAUGCUUCGUGAUGGACUGCUAUUCUUAGGGAUUGAUGAAAUUACUGCUGAUGGAAUUCUGGAAAUAUUAGGUGAAUCUACGACAAAGUUUGUUAUACCUAAUGGUAAAUCUGAAUGUUUCAAUGUGAAAGAUGGAUUGAAACAAGGCGACACCUUCUCUCCCCUUGCAUUCAAAAUUGCGCUUGAGCCUCUCUUACAAUUUUUAGAAAUAACAUAUAAUGGUGCUAGUGUUGCAAAUUAUUGGAACAUUAGUACAGGCGCAUGGAUUGAUGAUUUGAACUCAUUUUCCAACGAACUACCUGAAAUUGAAAAUUCUUUGCAUGACAUUGAAACCUAUCUUCAUGGCUAUCACAUGGAAUUAGAUCAUUCCAAAACUAACCUCUUCUCUGAUAAGGAAUGUAGUAUCAAGACAUUAUCUGGAAGUACGAUCAAAAGUAAUGAUUCUAUUAUUAUACUUGGUAAUAAUAUUACCAAUAAUACUGAGGAACAAAAGAAAUACACUACUUCAAUUAUUGAAGAAGUUAAAAGAAGAACUAACUCUAUUGGCUGGAAUUUUCCAAUACAGAACGUUGUCAAAAUUAUCAACACAGACAUUGUUCCGUAUGCACUGUACCACCUAAUUCCUCUUGCUAAUGACCAUCUAGAGAAACAAAUUGAUAAAUUCUUUCGCAACUUUAUAUGUGAAAGAUUAAGAACCAAGAGAAAAUUAGCUCUCGAGUGGUUUUAUACUCAUCAAGACAAAGGUGGACUUGGAUUAAUUUCUGUUCAAGAAAUGAGUUACUCGGACCUAAUGUGUAAAGUCAGAAAGUUCCUUGAACAAUAUGAUAUUUGUCUUGGAUCUUCUACAAGAUUCCUUUGUGAACGAAUCAAACAGGAGCAUGGUUUUGACAUCCUCAAUGAUCCAAUCCCUACUUGGUAUAAACCAGACCCAUGGAUUCCUCAAUAUCUCAAGAGAAUAAUUUUCAUGAACAAAUCUUCCAAUAUUAGAUUGUGGCAUUCGAGUGACCAAUGGCAUGAAAAAACUCUCAUCCCUUAUGGAAAAUUCCCUAAAGGUUUAAGACAAUUCCUGCUCUAUAAAGAUUGGAACAGAUUAAGUAUGUGGGUUCCUGACCCUAAAAAUUUACAAGUGAAAUUACAUAAUGACAUCAAACAUUCCAAUCAUGUCACCCAAAUUCGCAACAUUCUCAAUAGCAUGGAUUUUGGAAAAAUCAAAGACGAAAGCAAAUACUACAAAUAUGUUGGUAACAACACAUCCAUGUCAAACCUCUUGAACAAAGCUACACUAAUUGGUACUGACGGAUCGUGUAACAAUAAUAUUGCUGGAUACGGUAUCGUAACUGAUCAGAAUGUUUCCAUCUCAAGUCACACCUUAGGACAAGGAACUUCCUACAACAGUGAAGUUCAAGCGCUCCACACAGUUGUUAGAUUGCUAGAUAACAACACUCCUAGAACAAUAGUCAUAGAUGCGAAAAGUAUUUAUGACCAACUUUUCCAAUUCAGAAAAUCUAGAGAUCCUUAUGUUGAAGAAAUUCGUAAUUAUUUAAAAAUGAAGGAUCAGAUCAAAAUUAUGCAUGUUAAUAGUCAUACAGGUAAACAAGAUAUCUAUAGCCGCAUAAAUGAAUUAGCAGAUAGGGCUGCUAAGAAAGGUGCUGAUUGUAACAAUAUUCUUACUAAUAUUCCAUCCAAUAAUUGGUAUAUUAUUAUCAACAAUGUAUUAUACACUCAAAACAUUAGACAAACAAUGUACAAACUUCUAUUUCAACGCCUCCACAAAAGAACAUAUACGCCAAAGAACCUUCCUCCCAAGAACAGAAAGUUCACCAACAUUUACCCCUCAAUAGGAAUCGGUUUCAAAACCUUAAAUCUAAUAUUUAAAAUUAGAAUGAACGUGAUGAAGACUUUGGAAAAUUUAAACAAGAUAUCCAAGACGAACUUGCUAUGUCCUUGCUGUAGUAGAGAGACAAUGCAACACAUUAUUUUUGAAUGUAAAUACUAUAGUGAUAUAAGAAAAGAAAUGUUUAGGAAUUUAUAUAAUAUCUCAAUAUAUGCAAAGAAUAACAAGAAAUUCUCCAAACGACUAUUGUACCUCAUCAAGACUAAACAAGAUAUCCAUAGCCUAACAGGUGCUAAAGUUGGAUUGGGUAAGAAAUGGGACAAAGUAUUUACUAAGGAAGCUUAUCGAUCUAUUACUAAAAUGUGGAUGAAACGAAAUCAUUUUUUCAUGGAAGAAUUGAAACUCACCUGGAAUGAAUUUGAACAACAAUACGAUUUUAAUCCUAAUUUCAUUGAUUUGAACAAGUUUAAACUAUACAUGAAAUACCCACGACCAUGA